GAUUUUUAGAGCAUCUCUGUCCUUCCCCAUGUGGCAGCUCUAGCCGUACUUAUUGUUUAAAUGGAACUCACUUAUAAUUUAUAAAAUAUUUAAAGAAAAUGCCACCGAAAAAGGACGCAAAGGGAGGAAAAGAUGGGGGGAAAGGUGGCAAAAAGCCAGCUGCUGAGGACAAGUCUGCCGGCAAAGAGAAAAAAGGAGGUAAUGCCGUAAAGGUACGGCACAUCCUUUGCGAAAAGCAAGGCAAGAUCACAGAGGCAAUGGAAAAGCUCAAGGCCGGUCAAAAGUUCCCUGAGGUGGCGGCUGCUUACAGCGAGGACAAGGCGCGACAGGGCGGCGAUCUCGGUUGGCAAAUCCGCGGAGCAAUGGUGGGUCCCUUUCAAGACGCCGCUUUUGCACUGCCAAUCUCCACCGUCAACAACCCCGUUUACACAGAUCCCCCAAUUAAAACCAAGUUCGGCUAUCACAUCAUUAUGGUGGAGGGAAAGAAAUGAGAGGUGAUUUUAUAAAUCGAAUUUUAAUGUGA